AUGACGAACCUCACCCGAGUCACCCUCCAAAACAACGACCCCGACGCCGACGACGACGCCCUCUUCACCACCUCCACCAACCCCAGCACCGUCUCCCGCUUCACCGAACAAGACGACACCAACCCUUGGAAUCCCAACAACAACAACAACCUCACCAACCUAGAACCCAUCCCCUCCUACGAAGAAUCCAUCGCCGCCCCCCGUCCCAACGAGCUCCAAAUCCUCGGCGCCACCUUCGGCGGCGUCGUCGUAACCCCGGACAUCCAAAAACUCGUCGGCGACAGCAACUCGCUAACCCUCAACCUGCGCUCUCUCAACGUCGCGCUGCGACCCGAUCCAGCACCGGGCAAAGUGAAAGUCCUCACCAUUCUGUACCGGUUUGACGACGACCCGGAGGAUGUCACGAGGUUGGUGUAUGCGUCGGAGGAUGCCAGUCCGGGGAAGGUGGUGUUGAGUCGGCAGGAGGCGGCGUUUGCUUCGCAGCGGCAGCGGUUGGGGGAGGGUGCAGGCCAGCAAGGGGAUCGGUUUUUUCAUGGGGUGUUGGAGCGGCCGUGGCGGGCGGGGGCGAAUGGGCAGGUGGAUAUUUUGGCGGUGGUGUUUGGGCCGAAGCGGGUUGAGGCGCCGGCGGUGUUGUCGGUGUUGUCGAAUCACUUUGAGGGGCGUUGGGGUCAGGUUAGGAUGACGAAUGAUUUCUUUGGGAAGGAUCCGUGGCCGUAUAAGAGGAAGUCAUGGACGGUGUAUUUCCGGUUUGUGGGCUCCAAGAGGGUCCAGGUCGUGACGGGAUGGGAGGACGGUGCUCUGGAGAUUCCGUGGAAUCGGCAUUACUAG